AUCGAAUCAAAUAGCAGGGCUGCUUAUCAUGCCGUCGGAAAAACGCCGUGGCGGUGGCCGUGACCGGCAGAUGUGCACUUCUUACGGCUUGACAAAGAAAUAACCUAGGAGGGGGAAUUCGAACGAUGGAUAUGAUUCCCCGAAUCAUCUCUGCCAGCUCGGACAACUCAAGUCGACCACCAAGCAGUCCGCAAUGGCCCUCGGUUGUUUCAAGCCGUCUUACAAUGAACCUCGAGUGGCGCAUCCACGUAGCGAUCGGCAGUUGGCGCAAGCCUUGUGGCCUGGAAUCUCGCCCGAGGGAUUCCGCGCCGAAGUAGGCAUGUACACCAGCCUUUUGGAGCGCAUCAACGCCAAACUCGACGUCGUGGACAGUGACUCCAGCGAUCUCCACCCGAUCACGUCGGAAGAUCUGUUAAGGGUUAUCGACGAUGUCAGACGCCUGAAGAGGUCGCCAAGGACGGAGAUAUUGGGAGAGGUCAAGAAGAGUCUGUCGCCUAAAACCCCAUCGGAUGAUUCACUCUCAAAGGCAAUCGAUGUAGCCGCCGGCUUGUGGUUGACACUAGACAUCCGAUCGUCCCCGCCGGCCGGACUAUCAGGGGUGCUGCAUUGGGCCGACGAUCAGAGUAUUAUCUCUCUGGUCAACGCCUCUUUCCAAACAGGUUCUGCCACGGAGGAUGUUAGGAAAGGAUCUGUCAAGAACAGCUUGACAGUAGCAAACCUCGUCAGCAACCAUGAUUUCAGAAUACUCUGGACCCAUAACCUGGCCGACCAUCUCAAAUUAGACAGAGACAGCAGAGUUCUCACGGUCUAUGAGCACAAGAUUUGCCUGCGGAAUCACCGCCGGUCGAGCGACAGCACGGCUCUACCCUUGGCGAUCGCGGAAGAGGCCAUCGACACGCUCAACCUCCUCUUUCCCAGGCAUCACCAUCCAACCAAGUCGCUACUUCGAAAGCAUGGAAAGAGUUUUGGCGGCCUUGGAACUUGCGGCCAAUCCAGGACGGUGGAGCUAAGCAAAUACCCGUUCUGGGGAGAACGAGUCGAGGCGCUCAGCAAAGUGCUAGACGAGGUGCCAGUCGGAGCACACCAGUUUAUGCUCAAAAGGGAUGGGAAGAACGCGCUCCAGUUUGCCACCUUCUGGAUAGCGACGGCCAUUGGGAUCUUAACCAUCAUCAGCUUCGUCACGGGGGUCAUAUCGGCUGUCUAUGCUCAGAAGGCUUAUGACCUUGCCCUUCUUCAGUAUCAGCUCUCACUCGCCCAGGCCUGUUCAGUUCCCGAUACUGCGGCUCAACUGUCCAGGUUUUGCUCCUAGGCUUAUACAACAACCUCUCCUUGAUCUGCCUGGUCAGAUUGGCAAGUUGUGUGGAUUAUUCUGGCCCGGCUGGUAUAAUGUUGCACGGCUUGAGCGACCGGCUCUUCCAUCAGCCACAGCCGGAACAUCUGAUAGAG